CAAAAACCACUCUAGCCCGAUUUCAGUCUUGUGUUAAGUGUUCGCAUAGCGACUCAGGUCCUAACAACUUGAUGUCAGACUGUUCAACAUGAGGGACAUCUAACUCCUCUAACACAGAGAACAUAAAGACUAGGAUUAAAUGCUUAACAUAACGACUCGUAUGCUUUCACGAAAGAAGAAGGAGCUCGCAGACAUUUAACAAAGGAUUGUGUUGGUGUUCCACGCGCUAUCUUAACUCCUAGUUCUAGUAGUACAAGCUCGAAUCUGAUCUAAAAGAAUAGCGGAAAUAGAGCUCUUUGAAAUUGAAAGCGGUAUUUCCCCUUAUAUCCAAAAUCAGUAGAAUCAUGGAAUUCUCUCCGAGAGCUGUUGAACUAACGACUCUAUUAGAAAGUAGAAUUAGCAACUUUUACAUGAAUUUUCAAGUGGAUGAGAAUGGUCGAGUGGUCUCAGUUGGAGAUGGGAUUGCACGUUUUUAUGGGUUGAACAAGAUUCAAGCUGGGGAAAUGGUUGAAUUUGCCAGCGGAGUGAAAGGAAUAGCCUUGAAUCUUGAGAGUGAGAAUGUAGGGAUUGUUGUCUUUGGUAGUGAUACUGCUAUUAAAGAAGGAGAUCUUGUCAAGCGCACUGACUCUAUUGUGGAUGUCCCUGCGGGAAAGGCUAUGCUAGGGCGUGUGGUCGACGCCUUGGGAGUACCUAUUGAUGGAAGAGGGGCUCUAAGCGAUCACGAAUGAAGACGUGUCGAAGUGAAAGCCCCAUGGGAUUAUUGAACGUAAAUCU